AUGGACAAUGCAAGGAUGAACUCCUUUCUAGACUAUUCCAUCAUUAGCGGAGACACUGGGACUUGUUCUUCUAGAAGUUACCAUGCAGAGCAAGGAAUUACAACUUAUCAGUCUUGUGCCGUUGGCAAUAAUAAUAGCAACGUUGAUGAGCGCUAUAUCGUGAGCAGAGGUGUCCAGAUAAGUGCUCCUCUUCAUCAUCACCACCAUCAACAUGCCAGCUACACACAUAACAACCUGGGCAUUCCUUAUAGUGCCCACCCUAACUGUGGGACAGGAUACCCAGCACAAAGCUUUAACACAGGCUAUAGCCAUCACUAUUCACUGAACCAAGAGACUGAUGGCAACGGAGGUUAUCCUCAGUGCAAUCCUGCCGUCUAUCCCGGAAACCUCGCCUCAGCAAUUAGCCCGCAGCACCAUGGCUUUGGCGGGAUGGUGGGAGCAGGCCAAUAUGCCCAUCACCCUUACAGGCAGGAGCAUCAGAGUUUGGUGCUCGCUACAGGCUGUCACCCUAUGUCACCCGUUCCUGGCACUCACCAGGAGGCUUGCUGCUCCCCGUCAGCCGAAACCUCUCCGCCAGCACAGACCUUUGAGUGGAUGAAAGUGAAGAGGAAUCCGCCAAAGACAGGGAAGGCUGGUGAGUACGGCUUUGCCGGUCAGCCCAACACGGUGAGAACCAAUUUCACCACCAAACAACUCACCGAGCUGGAGAAGGAGUUCCACUUCAACAAGUACUUGACCCGGGCCAGGCGGGUGGAAAUCGCUGCUGCCCUCCAGCUUAACGAAACGCAGGUAAAAAUUUGGUUCCAGAACCGACGCAUGAAGCAGAAAAAGCGCGAAAAAGAGGGUCUUACCUCAGCUUCUCCGGCCACACCUGGAAGUGAAGCAAACACAGAAGACGCUUCAGACAAAUCAAGCUCUACCUCGUCGACCCCCUCCCCUUCAUCAUCUACCUCAGAAACUCUCAAUACUUCAGGCUAA